GCGUUUCACCAAUAAGAAAUGACAAAAAUCAGGUGAGCACCAGCGCUUUUCAGAGGUCUGUAUCAGUGUUUCAGUAGCGCAUGUGAGAAAGUUUCAUUAGUGUAUGUCUGCGGGAAAAAUCAAUUAAUAGUGUGAGAAGAGUGCACUCCAGUUUACGAAAGAAAAUAUUAAAUGUGUCCCCGACCGGUCCUCAUACCCUUCAUUAGCUUGACUGAGAUCAGUCAACGUGCACCUGCGUCACAACAGACUAAUUAAGCCCAGCAGCGUCCCAUCUGAUCCAGGGUCAGCAGGGCGUCGUGUUCGAACAAGUUCCGCCAUUUCCCCCCACCUCGGGCCCGUCCGCGUCCUUCUUCCUUCCUUCCUUCCUUCUAUUGCGCUGCAUCGGCGACGGCGACACCGGGAGGCGGAGCGGCGGUAGGCUGGCUGGCGAGGCUCGAGUGUUCCACAGCGGGAUGAAAGCUAGCGCGAGAGCCGCGGCGGAUGAGCGCAAACACCGCAACCCCUGAAUGUGUGACGGCCAGCUCGCGGCGCAACGACACAUUGUGAACAUUUGUUGUUGCCGCCUCCUGAUUAUUAUUAUAACCGACUAGCUUCAGCUCUGAUUUCAUACGAAGUCCCGCUGUGGGAGAGGCAAGGAGGAGUCCGGCCAGGUUUCAUAAGGAGGUGGACGUUUUGCUCUCCUUCCGCCGGGGCUCACUGAAGAAUAUAAACGCCGGCAAGUGUGCUUUUAUUUUCCCCCCUUCCUUGCCUAAUUUUUUUGGGUGUCGGGGCGAGUGAGCGAAGAUGUCGGGGCAAAGCAUUACAGACCGGAUAACGGCAGCCCAGCACAGCGUAACGGGAUCUGCCGUGUCCAAAACAGUAUGCAAGGCCACCACGCACGAAAUAAUGGGCCCGAAGAAGAAGCAUUUGGACUACUUGAUCCACUGCACCAACGAGAUGAACGUGAAUAUUCCUCAACUGGCUGACUCGCUGUUUGAGAGGACCACCAAUACCAGCUGGGUGGUUGUAUUCAAGUCACUGAUCACCACACACCACCUUAUGGUGUAUGGCAAUGAACGUUUUGUGCAGUACCUGGCUUCGAGGAACACUUUAUUCAACCUCAGUAAUUUCUUGGACAAAAGUGGCCUCCAAGGGUAUGACAUGUCUACGUUUAUCCGGAGGUACAGUCGAUACUUGAACGAGAAAGCUGUUUCGUACAGACAGGUUGCCUUUGACUUCACCAAAGUUAAGCGAGGAGUGGACGGCAUCAUGAGGACCAUGAAUACAGAGAAGCUGCUCAAGACCGUCCCCAUUAUUCAGAACCAGAUGGACGCCCUCCUUGAUUUCAAUGUCAAUGCCAAUGAGCUGACUAAUGGAGUUAUCAAUGCAGCCUUUAUGCUCCUCUUCAAAGAUUCUAUUAGGCUCUUUGCUGCCUAUAAUGAAGGCAUCAUCAACCUGCUUGAGAAGUAUUUUGACAUGAAAAAAACCCAGUGCAAAGAAGGGCUGGACAUCUACAAGAAGUUCCUCACCCGAAUGACCCGCAUAUCAGAAUUCCUCAAAGUAGCUGAGCAAGUGGGCAUUGACCGAGGAGACAUUCCAGACCUUUCACAGGCUCCCAGCAGUCUCCUGGAAGCUCUGGAGCAGCAUUUGGCCUCUUUAGAGGGCAAAAAGGUGAAAGACUCCACGGCAGCCAGCAGGGCCAGCACUCUGUCAAACGCUGUAUCGUCACUGGCGAGCACAGGAAUGUCUUUCACCAAAGUGGACGAGCGGGAGAAGCAGGCAGCACUGGAAGAAGAGCAGGCCCGACUCAAAGCGCUGAAGGAACAGAGGCUCAAGGAGCUCUCCAAGAGGCCCUCCUUCGCAACCACAGAUACGUCACCUAUCACUACCACGGGAGGCACGAUUAACACGGCUCCAGCCAUCGAUCUCUUCUCCACACCAAGCUGCUCCAACGGUGCAGUGAAAAUGGAGAGCGACCUGUUUGAUCUCCAGUCAACGUUCCAGCCACCCAUGCAAGCCGCCUCUUCAGGGCUACCCGUGGCGACAGCGUGGGCAGACUCCUUCUGUGGCCCAGUGUCCAUUGCUCAGCAUCUCCCACACCAGGCUCCUUUCUCCACAGAGCCCUCUACUGUAGCAGGUCUAUUCAGAGGAUACUCGACGCCUCACCCCCCUGCGCAGCCACCUGCAGGAGGUCUCCAAGUGGACUUUGAGUCUGUGUUUGGAGCCAAAGCUGCUGGCAGCAACAGUCAAAAUGCUGAUGAUAUUGCCGGAGGGAUCCUCAAACCGACCCUUGCCGGGUCCAACCUGCCGUCCAAUCAGCAGCCAGAGAAGCUGGUAUCGGAUGACCUUGAUUCAUCCCUCGCCAACCUUGUCGGCAACCUCGGCAUUGGAAACGGCACCAUGAAGAAUGACAUCCACUGGAGUCAGCCCGGUGAGAAGAGAAUGACAGGGGGGACCAACUGGCAACCCAAAGCUGCGCCGACGACGACCUGGAACCCAGUCUCCAUGCCCCCAUCCGUCAUGGCCUUUCCCGCUACUACACCCACGGGGAUAAUGGGCUAUGGCAUGCCUCCACAAAUGGGCUCCAUUGGCAUGAUGAAUCCGCCCACCAUGAUGUAUGGGCAGCCUGUGAUGAGGCCACCCAACCCUUUUGGUUCGGUGUCCAGCACUCAGCCCUCGGCGGCCUCUAGUCCUUCCAGCCAGAGUCCUCUCCGAGCUCCCGGACAGGACCCGUUUGCACACCUCUCUCUCAAGGAUUUCUUGUAGACCGUCUUUUUAGGUACAGCAUGUCCCCUUUUGCUGGCGGAUUCAUUCCACGCGUGGCCUGUGUUCAACAUCCGUGUGUGGUUGCUUGUCUUCUCUCACACCAUCUUCACGCUUUUGUCUUCAUCUGACCAAGACGCCACAUGCUUUUGUCUUUGCCAGAUCUUGUUUUGCUCGAUUCACUGUUUUGACAGUAAUGAGGCUCAUGCUGCCCUUUUUAUCCUACCAUUCAUCGCAUACUGCUAUGAAGUGAUUUGUCUUUUUUUUUUCUUUUAUUUAAUCAGCUGACUGUUCUCUAAGCCCUGCCCAUGAAGUAUUUCCACUGAGCAAGCUUUGUACGUUAUCACUCAAGGGACACAUGGUAGGAUUCAAGUGUUGUAAACAUUAAAAUACCACAUUCCAAAAUGUAAACUGAGUACACUCGCACAGUUAUGUCCCAAUAUAUUUAGUACUUGAAUUAUAACUGAGUCCCAUUCCUACAACACAUUGAUUUUUAUCUGCAAGUCUAAACAUGUGGAAUUUAAAAAAAAAAAAAAAAAAAACAUUUAUGGAGAAAAUUGAGAAACAAUGACCACCCAGAUACACCGGGCACCACUGAGAGGCUCCCCAAAAGACAAACGAGGAUGUGCAAAUUUUAGAGCAGAUCCCCUGAAACUCGAAUCACUGUUAAAUGUUCUGUCUCCAUUAUCAGGAUAAGUUAAUUUAAUUUCAAUGGGAGACUUUGUUGACGACGCAGCCAUUAACUCAUUUGAGAUAUUAAAGGAACAACCGUUCUUGGAUAAAAUACAAUCCACAAAAACCUUAUUGGGAAAUAAGUUCCAUGGAUGAUUGACAUUAUUCCAGUAAAAUCACAAACUACCAUAAUUUCAUAAAACUUAAUGAUUAAUACACAAGGGAAAGUUCAUGGCAAGUUUAAAUUGACUGACUGACAAAAGUUUAAUUUUGCAUUCUGUUACAUUCACCAUAUUAGCAUAUUUAUAAGCCCUUCAUUACCAUAGUGACAAUUCUGCCUUUACAUAGAUACAUGCACAUUCAUAUGCCUCCAGAGAUUGUCUGGUUCUGAAACUUGUGGCAUAGUUUGUCCAUCAACUUCUUCAAACCUUGGAUUCCCCCUCAAAAUGUUGCCUUUUAAACAGAACUGGUCCAGCCUCGUGCCAUUAACGCCGAUCCAACGAAUCACUUGGCCGGAGAUGAUGCAUCAAUGUCACAAACACUUAUGUUGUUAGACAUUAAUUAAAACAAAACUUGGUCUUUUAUUAACAUUUAACAUUGUAUCUGGAUUUUCCACUCAUCUAGGUCAUGGUAAUUAAAGUUCGAAUCAAGGCAAUUGUUCUGUUCGGAAGGGAAUGUUCUCACGUUUGGCUCAUUGGAAUCCUUAAACUUAAGAAAUGACUUUUGUAAACCUUUCACUGAUAAUGUUAACUGUUUCACGGUUGUUCUGGUAUUUUUUUGCGAUUGACAUUUUGUUCUAGCUUUUCUAGAUCGCUUGUCCAACUUGAUUUUGUCGAGAGCGAUACAGUUUAGGUGAUUUCUUGAUUGAAUGGGUCUUGAGAUAAUUGGGCUUGGUUGUGCUCAGUGAAAAGUAACCAAAAAUUGUGAUUAUCCAGAAUUAAUUAAUGACAAGGGGUAAUUACUUUUUCCACACAUAACCUGAUUUUUUUUCCCCCUUAAUGAAUGAAAUCAUUUUAAUAAACAACAGUUUAAGUUCACAGAGGUUAUAUUUUAUCUGUUUGCAUUUCAUUGAUCCUCUUUCAAGCAUCUGUGGAUUUUCGCUUUAUGCAUUUGGGGGCCUAGUGGCCAUCCCCUGUGAACCCCAGAGUGGACUCUGCCUCAUGGUGGGGCAGGGCUUAUCCAACAGCAGCACUGCAAUGAUUUGAUCACAUGAAAUAAA